AUGUCUAGAUCCUCCUCCAGAAAUAUGAGGCGUUUAAAAAACAGAUCUUCUAGUGAAUCGAUGAGAAGCGUACCUAGUGAAGAUCAAUCAAUCCACUCACAUCCAACUACUAUCCAAGAAGGAAUAGAAUUACAAAAUGUUAAUCCACCUCCACCUGAAGUUCCCAUCUCACCACCAUAUCCAAAAAAAGAUAAAUUAACUGUAUUUGGAUGGAUUGCUGAAAUGUGGAGCAAUUUUUUCAAACAUUUAUCCGAUUUCACUUUAUUCAUGAGAGUUUUGAGUUUAAAAGAAUGCUUUUCUCUUUAUAAUUUAUAUACUAUUCUGGGAUGUACCGAUAAUUCGAUCCCAACUGAUGAAGAAUUAAAACAGAUCAUGGAGUUACAAAACCAACAAAUUGAAAAUCUUCAACAGUCUAUAUGUGAUCGAACUAAAAUAAAUAAGAACCAAUCUCAUAAAUACUUUAUUUUGAUACUUUCUCUUAGUCCUAUUCAACUGCAAAUUACUGAUUUAAAGCUGAAUAAUAUCGAUUAUGAACGAAGAAUCAAGACGUUAAUGUCAUCAAAUAAUAAUAGAAGAAGUAUACAAAUCAGUAAUUCAACACUACCAAAUUCAAAUGAUUUAAAAUUAUUAACUAGCAAUGAUUCAACAUUUUCCAAAAAUCUUACAAAAUUAGUCUAUCAAGGUCAACCUCCUCCAAUUGAUUAUUAG